AAGCAAAGACUCAUUUUGAAGAUGUUUAAUAAGUCAUUUGGAACGCCCUUUGGGGGUGGCACUGGUGGCUUUGGCACAACUUCAACAUUUGGGCAGAGUACUGGUUUUGGUACUACUAGUGGAGGGGCUUUUGGAACAUCUGCAUUUGGUUCUAGCAACAAUACUGGAGGCCUCUUUGGAAAUUCACAGACCAAACCAGGAGGAUUAUUUGGUACUAAUUCAUUUAGUCAGCCAGCUACUUCCACAAGCACUGGCUUUGGGUUUGGCACAUCAACAGGAACAUCAAAUAGCUUGUUUGGAACUGCAAGUACAGGGACUAGUCUCUUCUCAUCCCAAAACAAUGCCUUUGCACAAAAUAAACCAACUGGCUUCGGAAAUUUUGGAACAAGUACCAGCAGUGGGGGACUUUUUGGUACUACAAAUACCACCUCCAAUCCUUUUGGUAGUACAUCUGGCUCCCUCUUUGGGCCGAGUAGUUUUACAGCUGCUCCCACUGGGACUACGAUUAAGUUUAAUCCUCCGACUGGUACAGAUACUAUGGUUAAAGCUGGAGUUAGCACUAACAUCAGUACCAAGCACCAGUGUAUUACUGCUAUGAAAGAAUAUGAAAGCAAGUCUCUAGAGGAACUUCGUUUAGAGGAUUAUCAGGCUAACCGGAAAGGCCCGCAGAACCAGGUGGGAGCAGGUACCACAUCUGGCUUGUUUGGGUCUUCUCCAGCCACCUCCAGUGCAACAGGACUCUUCAGCUCCUCUACCACUAACUCAGGCUUUGCAUAUGGUCAGAACAAAACAGCCUUUGGAACUAGUACAACUGGGUUUGGAACAAAUCCGGGUGGUCUCUUUGGCCAACAGAAUCAGCAGACUACCAGCCUCUUCAGUAAACCAUUUGGCCAGGCCACAACCACCCAGAACACUGGCUUUUCCUUUGGUAAUACCAGCACACUAGGACAGCCAAGUACUAAUACCAUGGGUUUAUUUGGAGUAACCCAAGCCUCACAGCCUGGAGGUCUUUUUGGGACAGCUACCAACACCAGCACUGGGACAGCAUUUGGAACAGGAACAGGUCUCUUUGGGCAGCCCAAUACUGGAUUUGGUGCUGUCGGUUCGACCCUGUUUGGCAAUAACAAGCUUACUACAUUUGGAACCAGCACAACCAGUGCUCCUUCAUUUGGUACAACCAGUGGCGGGCUCUUUGGUAACAAACCAACCCUGACUUUAGGAACCAAUACAAACACUUCCAAUUUUGGUUUCGGCACAAAUACCAGUGGGAGUAGUAUUUUUGGAAGUAAACCAGGACCUGGGACUCUGGGAACUGGCCUUGGUGCAGGAUUUGGAACAGCUCUUGGUGCUGGACAGGCAUCUUUGUUUGGGAACAGCCAACCUAAGAUCGGAGGGCCUCUUGGUACAGGAGCCUUUGGGGCCCCUGGAUUUAAUACUACGACAGCUACUUUGGGCUUUGGAGCCCCCCAGGCCCCAGUAGCUUUGACAGAUCCCAAUGCUUCUGCUGCCCAGCAAGCUGUUCUCCAGCAGCAUAUCAAUAGUCUAACAUACUCACCUUUUGGAGAUUCUCCUCUCUUCCGGAAUCCCAUGUCAGACCCUAAAAAGAAAGAAGAGAGAUUGAAACCAACAAAUCCAGCAGCCCAGAAGGCUCUCACUACACCCACUCAUUAUAAACUAACACCCCGUCCUGCCACCAGAGUUCGACCAAAGGCUUUACAGACAACAGGCACAGCGAAGUCCCAUCUGUUUGAUGGGCUGGAUGAUGAUGAGCCAUCCUUAGCCAAUGGAGCAUUCAUGCCUAAGAAGAGCAUUAAGAAGUUGGUUUUGAAAAACCUUAACAACAGCAAUCUCUUUUCUCCUGUUAAUCGUGACUCCGAAGAUCUCGCUUCACCAUCUGAUUAUCCAGAAAAUGGGGAGAGGUUCAGUUUCCUGAGCAAACCUGUUGAUGAGAACCAUCAGCAGGAUGGAGAUGAUGAUUCUCUUGUGUCACGUUUUUAUACUAACCCUAUUGCCAAACCCAUUCCUCAAACCCCAGAGAGUGCUGGAAAUAAACACAACAGCAGUAGCAGUGUGGAUGAUACCAUUGUUGCACUAAACAUGCGUGCUGCCUUGCGAAAUGGGCUGGAAGGAAGCAGCGAAGAGACCUCUUUUCAUGAGGAGUCACUGCAGGAUGACAGAGAAGAAAUAGAAAAUAAUGCUUACCAUAUGCAUCCAGCAGGCAUUGUUCUCACUAAGGUUGGUUACUACACUAUUCCAUCUAUGGAUGACCUUGCCAAAAUUACCAAUGAAAAAGGAGAAUGCAUUGUCUCUGACUUCACUAUUGGUCGUAAAGGUUAUGGUUCAAUCUAUUUUGAAGGAGAUGUGAAUUUGACAAAUCUAAAUUUGGAUGAUAUUGUGCAUAUUCGAAGGAAAGAAGUGAUUGUCUACUUAGAUGAUAACCAAAAACCACCUGUGGGUGAAGGGCUAAAUAGGAAGGCCGAAGUUACACUGGAUGGAGUUUGGCCAACAGAUAAAACAUCUCGCUGUUUAAUAAAGAGCCCAGAUCGACUUGCUGAUAUGAACUAUGAGGGCAGAUUGGAAGCAGUUUCAAGGAAACAGGGAGCUCAAUUCAAAGAGUACCGUCCCGAAACAGGUUCUUGGGUGUUUAAGGUCUCCCAUUUCUCUAAGUAUGGCCUUCAGGAUUCUGAUGAAGAAGAGGAGGAACGGCCAUCCAAAACUAGUACAAAGAAGUUGAAGACUGCCCCUUUGCCUCCUGCAGGCCAGGCCACCCCAUUCCAGAUGGCUCUUAAUGGCAAGCCAGCACCUCCACCCCAGGUAGAGACAGGACAGUGA